GGUUUCGACAUGUGGGCUCGAAUGAGACACACACCCACGGAUGGCUCGUCCGCUUCUGUGGUCAGCGGCAGCUCGCCUCGGAUCAUUUCUCUCGCCGUUUUAUCCUGGCGCCGAGUGUAGGACACGGAGUACGGAACACGUGAUGAGAUACUACGCCUGAUUUCACUCGGGGAGCAAGAAACAUGGAGACAACGAAGGAGAUGGCAACGACGGAGACGCCGACGACGGAGACUUCGGAAAGCGGAGUGGACCUUACCGGACUAUGGAUAUUCCUCGGGGUCGUGGCGGCAGUUUUCCUUCUCCUCGUGGUCUUGGUGCUGUGCCUCAAACUUUAUAACUACUGCAUCAAGGGCGUCUGCACAUCUCCGCAACAGAUGGAUGGCAAGACGGUCAUCAUCACUGGAGGCAACGCAGGAAUCGGCAAGGAAACAGCCAAGGACCUGGCCCGACGCAAGGCUCGAGUCAUCCUUGCCUGCCGAAAUAUAAACAAGGGCCAGGAGGCGGCGAACGAGAUCUUCGAGGAGACGCAGCAGACGGUCGUGGUCAAGCAUCUGGAUCUGUCAUCGCUCAAGUCGGUGAGGGACUUUGCCAGAGACAUCGUCUCGACGGAGCAAAGGUUGGACGUGCUCAUCAACAACGCUGGAAUGUCGCUUGUGGAUGAUAAGCUUCAGCUAACAGAGGACGGAUACGAGUUGGCCUUUCAGACCAACUACUUGGGGCAUUUUCUGCUUACAAUGCUUCUGCUGGAUUUGCUGAAGAAGACGGCCCCUAGUCGAGUGGUGAACGUGUCGUCAGCGUUGCACCACGCGGGGGCUACAGAUCGCAUGGAGGAGAGAAUAAGAGGCACGCUUCGAUCUAGCCCGACGAGCACUUACAAUCACACCAAGAUGGCCAACCUCAUGUUUACCAUCGAGCUCGCCAAGAGGCUCAAGGAUGACGGUGUUACCGUGAAUGCUCUUCAUCCUGGCGUAAUGGAGACCGGAUUAUCAGACGGCCUUCUGGGCAGGGAUCUUGCUUUUCGAAUCAACUUUUGGAUAUUUGGAAAGACCGCCACAGAAGGAGCUCAAACGUCCAUCUACGCUGCUGUGGAUCCCAAACUCAGCGGCGAAACGGGCUGCUACUUUUCCGAUUGCCGGAAAGCCUGGAUCAACUGGAGGGCUCGCAACGCCGAGCGGAAUCGGGAACUCUUCGAGACGUCCAUGAAACUGACCCAUCUCGAAAAUUCGGAAGUGAAUAAACGAUUUUGA